CGCAUUCUGUAAGCGAAAGUUGCAGCUGCUGUAGCUAGCAAGCUCAGAAGCUAAACACAAGACAUAUUUGAGAAAAUAACAAGCAUUGGAUUUGAAUUAUAAAUGGAGACUUUGUGUGCUUUGCGGGAAAUCAACUUUGAGCGUGUUUUAAAUAAAUUUAGUCAUAACCUCUAAACAAUAACGCGGUAAUUAGCACGCUAACUUAUGCUAGCAUUAGCCAACGUCCGUUUAACUGUCACCAGCACAGGAUGAGAUGUUUGCACCGAGCCUGGCAGCAGAUCAACAGAGACAGCUGGCAGAAAGACUCACCUCGUUCCUGUCGCAGUACAGCCACCUGUCCAACUCCUUUAUAAUCGAGUUCUUCACUGAAGAUCUCUGGCACACCCUACCAGACUCAUGGCAGUUGGUGCUACAAGACCUGACAUAUCCACAGGUUGCAGAUCUGCUACUGGAUGCUAACAAUGGAGACAACAGGAGGUAUCCCUGCGUGUGGCCUCUGUCACUGCUGGCGUUUCGUGCCACAGCUCAUGUUCUGGCAUUUCCCAGGGAGUGCAGACAGGAGAGAGGCAGAGCGUCCGGCUCAGUGAAACCUGAGGAGUUUCAGGAGAAUCAAAGUCAGAGCUCUCUGCUUGGUCACAUAUUCAGGAAACACGUCAAACCCAAGAAGCAGCACGAGAUCCGUAAACUGGGCAUGCUGGUGAAACAGCUUUGUGAUCAGACCGACUGCAGCAGGGUGGUGGAUGUGGGCUCAGGACAGGGUCAUCUCACACGCUUUCUAUCCUUCGGGCUUGGACUGUCUGUGACAGCGAUUGAAGCAGAUCAAACUUUGGUUACCAUGGCGUCCAGGUUUGACGGACAGCUCCUAUGGGCCUUAGAGAAAGAAAGGCAGAAAAAGAACUGCCCCUCUCUGGUCCCAGUGUCACACUCCUCUCCUCGCCAUGUGGCAGGUUGGGUAAACCCCAAGGCAUCAUGGGAAGACUUCAUCAAGCAGCUGAGCACGUCUGAGUGUGUCAAAAAUGGUCCCCAAACUCCGUCUGGACCCAGUAAGAAGAAGCUGAAGGGCUCUGAGCAUCACGAGGUCCAGACUCCAUCUUGUCUGGGCUCCACUGAGUCUCAAUCACUGGACUUUGAAAUGACGUCACUACCGCCGUUCAGCAAAGAAAACUCUGGUAAGGAGUCCUGCUGUCCGUGUGAGCAGUUAGCCAGCCAGGAAGGAGAACGCCAAGACAUUAACGACCUCGAAAGAUAUCCAGAUUUUGUCCUGACCGGUCUCCACGCCUGUGGUGACCUUAGCGCCACCCUCCUUCGCCACUUCGUCAACUGCCCUCAUGUGCGCGGUAUCACAUCAGUGGCGUGCUGCUACAUGAAGAUAACAACCAAAGAAAACCCAACCCCUCCAGGACUGGUGGAGCGGCCCGCCUCACUGAUGACGCCAUGCCAGGAGUCGCCUCGGUCAGAGUUCGGUUACCCGAUGAGCUCCUGGGUGCAGGGUCUGCCGGGUCAUCAGCUAUCCUACAAGGCGAGGGAGGGGGCGUGUCACGCUGUGGAGGACUACGGACGGAGGCUUAGAGAGGAGAGCGAGCUGCUGAAGACACACUGUUACAGAGCCAUGCUGGAGACGUUCAUCAGGGACACGAGGCCGGAUCUACGCAGGGCAGGGAUCCAGACCAUCAAGAAGUCUCACCUGUUACCGUUUACAGAGUACGCCCGUCUGGGUCUGGCACGGGUCGGCCUUCCUCCCACUUUACCUCUGGACCCGGAGCGCGUGGAGGCCAUGUUGAAGCAGCAGGGCCGGGUGGUGGUCUACUUCAGCCUGUCUCUGCUGCUGGCGCCUGUGGUGGAGACGCUGGUGCUGCUGGACAGAAUGAUCUACCUGCAGGAGAACGGUGUGGAAAGUCACCUGGUUCCUCUCUUUGAUCCUAACUUUUCACCACGAAACUUUGUGCUGGUCGCUCUGAAGCCUCAAGGAUAGCAAGUCAGACUCUUCUAAUCCCUCCACAUGACUCAUGAUUACCAAAGUCUUGCUCUUUUUGUAAGAAAAGGAAAUCUUAGGGUUAUUUUUUUAUUUCAGUUUCUGUUUUUAUUAAUGUUUAAUGAUAAAGGGAAGGUUCUGCUUGCUGAAUGUAAACGCUCUGCUAUAUUUUUAUAAGGCUCAAAUCAUGGCAUGGAACCGUUUUAGAUAUUUAGCUCUGCUGGGAUUCAGGAGCAUGUUUCAGGUCUAAAUCUUUGGGAUUUUCUGAACCAAAACGUCCAGAUAUCAGGUUUUGUUGACCUCAUGCACGUCACACAGUUUCCCUCUCAGUCUCCUUUUCAUGCACAGAGACAGUCAUGUGUUUUGUUUCAAUGACAUGCUCUGGUCCCUGCAUGCCCAACUAUUGUUUUAAUUGGUUUUUUAAUUUUAUUUAUUUAAUUCUGUCCUUUUCUGUAAAGCACACAUGUAGCGCUGUUUUUCUGUUACUCAAAAGCAAUAAACGGAAUCAAAUCUUA